CACCGCAUCAAUUCACGCGCGAAGUUCUCAUUCGGAGAUUUGCUCGCGCGUGUCAAGCUGGUGAUCAUCGAGGCUCUCCGUUUCUUAUAACUGAUCGCGACUGCAAAUCAUAACAAUCAGCUAACUGUCGAGUUUUGAACGAUCGACGAUCAAUUGGGAAAGGAAUGAGUGACGAAGAUGGCCCGAGAACCUCCGAAAUACGAGCGUCUGCCGGAAGAGAAGACGAGGGAGAUGCUGAAGCUGUUUAAGGGCGAGAGGACUGGCUUUGUGCUCGUUGGUCCAAAGAAAUACUUUUUCCCGUUUAGAUAUGUUGAACAGGGUGCCGGCUUCUAUAAUUUCGAAGCCAGGCCGGAUGAUACGUGGAUUUUGUCACAUCCCAGAUCAGGAACUACUGUGACGUCGGAGCUUAUCUGGCUGUUGGCUAACAAUUUGAACUUUGACUUGGCAAGAAAGCGUCUACUUACAGAGAGGUUUCCAUUUCUUGAAUUUAGUAUGUUUAAUCAUCCGGAAGUUACUCGUGAAUUUUUGUCAAUGAAUAAGGAGAACAUUGCGAAGCAAGAGCUAUGUCUGGAGAUAGCCAAGCCCGGUUACGAAGUUAUUGCCAAAAUGCCGUCGCCUAGAUUCAUAAAGAGCCACUUUCCUUUCAGCAUGCUUCCUGGACUUUUAGAUGUUGGUUGCAAGGUCGUCUACGUUGCUCGCAAUCCGAAAGACGUUGCAAUCUCUUGGUAUCAUCUUAAUUGUGCCAUAAAGACUCAAGGAUAUAUCGGAGAUUUUGCCACCUUUUGGAAUUACUUUCAAAAUAGUUUGACUCCCUGGAGUCCAUAUUGGGCACAUUUAAAAGAGGCCUGGGCCUUGAGAAAUAACAAAAAUCUCUUGUUCAUGUUUUACGAGGAGAUGACACACGAUUUUCCGAAAGCAAUUAAGAAAGUAGCGAAAUUUCUGAAUAAGACAUACACUGACGAAGAAGUUAGCAAGGUUGUCGAUUAUCUGGACAUUAAAAAUUUCCGGAACAAUCCGAUGGUCAACUAUUCUGAGUUGAAAGCUUGUGGGAUCAUCGCCGAGGAAAGUUUCGUGAGAAAAGGAGGCACCAAUUGGAAAAAUAUAUUUACUGCGGAAAUAAAUGCGAAGGCAGACAAAUGGAUCGAAGAAAAUCUCAUAGAUACCGAUUUGCGUUUCCCAUUUUUCAACAAUAAAAGCAACAAAAUAAAUAAUAACAAUUAAAAAGUUGUCAAAAAAUCAAAAAGAUUUUAAUCUCUAAAUAAAGUUUAAUUAUUUAAUGAAUGUACAUAUUUUACGCAUUUAAUAAGAGGAAUUUAAUCGAAAUAAUUACACACAGAGGGCUUAUAAGAGUUAAUAGAUAUUGAUAGUGUCAACUAUGUACAGAAUACUGAUGUUACAUAUUGUUCAAAUAAAAAAUAAGCAAUAUAAUAAACGUUACUGUCAU